AUGAAAAGACCUAAGGUAAUAUUACUUUACUCAUCUACUUCUGUACUUAUAGAUGAAUUACUGAAAGAAAUUGUCGAGAAUUUUAUCAUUCAUGGUACCAGUAUAAUGGAUACUGAUAUUGAUCAUCAUCAUAUUAAAUCAACUGAAUCAAAUCAUGUUAGUACAUUAUGGACAAAAUUAAUUUCUAUGGAAUUAAAUUAUAUACAUAAGAAUCGUCAAUUAUCUUUACAUUUAUUAAAUAAGCAAAUUGAUCAUUCAAAUAAAAUUAAAAAAUUAGCUAUACAAGCUAAUUCUACUGAAUUAUCCGCUUCAUUUUAUUAUAGAAUUGUUAAUUAUAUUAAUGAGAAUGCAACAAGUGAUUUACGUCGUAUCAUACCUUUUAUAAAUGAAUUUAAUAUGGGAAAUAUUUGUAUGAAAAGUAGUAAGAAAGCACAAUAUUAUAGGAAAUUAGGAAAUGAUUACUUCAAGCAAGGCAACUUAAAUGCUUCAGCAACAGCUUAUCGAACUGGUUUACUUCAUGCACCUAAUGCAUAUUUCAUGUCAUCAACUAGUCAAAAUGAUGAAUUUUGUUUAGAAGGUGCAUUGUUACACGGUAAUUUAUCUUCUGUACUUGCACAUCAACAAUUAUGGUCAUCUUGUUUAGAAGCUGUACUAACCGCAUUGGAAUUACACUUGAAUGUGACAAAUAUUCAGAACUGUAGUAAUAAUUCAUCAAUAAUCCGCUUAAAAACUCGUUUCAAUCAAUGUUGUAACCAUUUAAAUUUACCUACCCUUAUUGAUUGGAACUCUACACUUACAUCGCACAAAUUACUGGAAAUUCAUACCAAGCUCAUUUCUCUACUUAUUAAUCAGAAUAAAAACAGUGUAAAAAAUCAUUGGGAUAUCCCAACACCAAAAUACGAUCAUAAUCCUUUGUACCAUGGGCUUUCAAACGGUGUACGUAUUGAUACAAAUCAUGAAAAAGGCAGACAUGUCAUCGCUACUAAAUCCUUUGAACCAGGCGAUAUUAUAGCGGUUGAACCUGCUGGUGGAUGGGCAGCAAAUAGAAAUGCACACUCCUACCAUAGUAAUAAUAAUGAUCGCAACACAUUUGAAUAUUUAUUACUUCUACCAUCACAACGUAUGAACCAAUGUUUGAAAUGCUUUAAUCAAUUAAACUCCAUUGGUUUCGUCUGUCCAUACUGCUGUGAUGCUGCAUAUUGCGAAUUGUCGAAUAGGACUAGUUGUAAUUCUUAUUGCGCAGAAAUUUCAAAUCCCUCAAACUUAUUUCGUGAUUUUCAGCAACCAGUUUGGCAUCUGGCAGAAUGUCGAUUUAUGUUUCUUUUAAAUUCCAUGGGAUUGGGUCAUUUGUGCUUUCGUCUAGCAUGGCUUCGUCAGCACUAUCACCAUCCAUCUGCCAACGAAAAUAUUGAUAAUAAUCCAUAUUUUACUACUGAUCAAUUAGUUGAACAUUUUACAAACUUUCACGUUGAUGAACUAUUCGAAUAUGCGCUUACUGGUUGGUUAAUAUCGAAAAUUUUAAACUGUAGCAGUAAUAAUGACAAUAAUAAAACAAAUUUGGAAUCAACUAACAAUGAAUUGAUCCAAGGUCUCUGGUGUUUCGACACGUUAAGACGUCUUCAGUGUAAUGCACACGCUAUCACUGAAAUUGAAGUCAAUGAUUCUGAUAUUCAAACAUGGUUUCCUUCGGAUCAAAUAAAUGUUAAUGAUAUCAAUGAUCUAAAAUUAAUUUAUCCUUUUAUUUGCAAAUUUCAACAAAUUCGCAUUGCAACUGGCCUUUUUCCAUGUGUUAGCCUAUUAAAUCAUUCAUGCGAUCCGAAUACAGCCCAUAAUUUUGAAGAAUCAUUUUUAAUUUUACGGUGUUUAAAACCAAUUCUACCUGGUACUGAAGUAUUUCAUUGUUAUGGACCGCAUUAUUUACACUAUCCAUCAAGUGUUCAACGUGUAACACUUCUUCAACAACAAUAUUUUUUUAUUUGUGAUUGUGAACAUUGUAGUAAACCUAUUCAAUCUUCAUCAUUGUCUACCUCAAUUACAGAUCAACAAAUGUCUGUUAUCCCAACUAAUGAAAUGUUAAUCGAAUGGAAAGAUACUGCUGACAAACUUUUACAAAUACCUUGGCAAUCUAUACAAUCAAUAGAGGAUUUAAAGAAUACAAUUGAAACUAUACAAAAUAAUAAUAAUAAACUUGAGUCAACUCAUUUAUGGUCAUUAUCAAGUACUACUACUACUACUACUACUACCACUACUACUACUACCACUACCACUACCACUACUACUACUACUACUACUACUAAUAAUAAUAAUAAUAAUAAUAAUAAUAAUAAUGGUAAUAGUAAUAAUAAUAAUAAUGAUAUAGGUAAUUUAUUAAAUAUAUUAGGUAGACAAUAUUUAAUUCAAUCAAAAUUAAUUAAAAAUAAUUUUAAUCAAUUAAAUUGGUUAUUAAUACAAAAUAUUGGUUUAUUAUAUUUACAUAAAUCAAUUGAAUGGAUUCAAUUCCUAUAUGGUUCUAUUAGUUAUGAAUAUUUAUGGGAAUUAAUUAAUUAUUAUAAUUUAUUAAAUCAAUUAAAUAAUAAUCAUUAUCAUAAUAAUUUAUUAAAUGAAUUUAUUAAAUUUAAUAAACAAUUAAAAAUUAAUUUAAUAAUUAAAUUUAAUAAUGAAAAAUCAAUUUUUAAUGAAAUAAUGAAAAUAUCAAAUUUAUUAUAUGGUAUUCAUAAAACAAAUAUAAUUAUUAAAAAAUAUUUACAUAUAUAA